UCAUUAUUUACUGGAUUCCAAAACAACAAACAAGCUAUAUCACAUCUUAGUCUUUUUGUCAGUAAUCCUACUUGAAUAAUGUCCAAAUAAUUAAUUUAUAUGGUAAACAAACCCAAGUGUAAAAUUAUACACCAUGUCUGGAAGUCUGUCUGUGGUUGCGUUUGAGGGUGAACUGAACUCCAUCGUUCGAGAGUACCUUGACUUUGGAGGCUUUGACAAGACCCUGCAGAACUUUGAUAAAGAAAUCUCGGGCAAGGGGAAGCCCCUGUCAUCAGGGGACAGUAAAGGUCCUAUCUCCCAGAAACAACUAGCUGCGCAGAAUGAAUUGUUGGAGCUGUUCCACAAUGGAAAGCGGAAGAAAUUCUUCGAUGUCUGGGCCGAUAGUUUGCCCAAAAGUGUACGGGAAAAUGACUCGGUGGCGGAGAAAAUAGAGUUUUACCUGAACAUAUACUUUGCUGUCUACCCCAUCAAGUUUGCCAAAGGCCAGGCAUUAGCUGAGAAGAACAUGCAGGAAUUUAAAAACUUCCUGGAGACGAAGGGGAAAACCCUGAGCCAGACAACAGAAUUCUUGCCAUUCUACGCCCUUCCCUUUGUUCCUAACCCGAGGAACCAUCCAUCAUACAAGGAGCUCUUCACUGACAUAUGGACAAAGGAUCUAGAGGUGCGACUUGAGAAGUUUCUUACCCUGGCCCUCAAGUCUACACCACAGCCUCGACUCUUUGAUCUCUAUCGAGGUGCACCAACUGAGGGAAGAGACCACUUUCAUCAGGUUCAAACGUAUCAGCAACAGCUGGUUGAUGCGGAGAGGAAAACCAUGUCCUACAUUAAACGCCAUAAUAAAGUUCAGGCAGACUACCAUAGUCUGAUUGGGAUCACAGCUGAUCUUGUUGAUGCCUUGGAGCAGACGGUACAGGGCAAAACUAUAAGCCCAGAAUACCUCCAACAAUUGUGUGGGAGGCUGUUCAGUGCCCAUAUGGGGCAAUCAGUAGACCUGCAGCGACCGGGGACAGCUGGGGCCAUGUUGAGACAGUCCGUCCACCAGGGAAAUGUGAGCAAGCUAGAUAACCCAGAGGAGUUGAGCCUGGUGCUGGAUUAUGAUCGCCUAAAACAGGACCUGCAUCGGACCCCUGACAGGCAGAAAUGUCUGCUGCUGCAGGCCCUUAGAUGGAGGUUGACCCAGGCAAGUCCACUGACUAGGGACAGCACUAUUACAGCAUUUAUACAGCAUGACUUGUUGGGGUGUGCCCAGCCGGGAAAACACAGGGUUUCUGUGCUUUCCCUGUUGACCUCUAGUGAUCCGGAAGUGAAGCAGUGUGCUGCACGGUUGUUCAACGCUUUCGCAUCUCUAAGCUCUGGCCGUACAUAUCUAGCCCAGAACCAGGACCUGUUUAAGGGAUUGAUGGACAAUCUUCGUAGUGAAGAUAAGGACUCCAUUACCAGGGAGAUGGUCCUUGGGGCCCUACAGAAACUCAGCUUGAGACGUCAGCUGCAGAGUGCGAUGAUAGAUAAUGGUCUGAUAGAAUGGCUGGUGAAGGUGCUGGAGGACAACGACUCUCUGUCUGACUACACACUGGAGUAUAGUGUCGCUCUUCUCAUGAACCUGUGCCUUAGGACCUCUGGUAAAAAGCGAUGUGCGCCCAACGCAAAUCAAACAUUAAAGGUUCUGAGUGACCUUCUGGGACAUGACAAUCAAGAGAUUCGGCCGUAUGUGAAUGGCGCCCUCUACAGUAUACUGGCCAUCUCCACACUCAGGGAAGAGGCAAAAGCAAUGGGUAUGGAGGAGAUCCUUCGCUGCUUCAUCAAGGAGGACCAGCCAGACAUGAACCGACAGGUUGAGUUCAUCAUCAAACAACUCAACUCAACUGAGGUGGUGGACGAGUAUGAGUCUGAUGAUGAGGAUGAUGACGAGGAUGAGGAAGAUCAGGAUGCGAUGGAAGUUGACUUGGACAAGGAUGAAAUUAUUCGUGCAGAGGGUGAUGAACAAGUGGGAGAGAAACUACUGGCUGAAUACAUUACUGGGGUGAAAACAAAGAAAAGGCCAUUAGACAUGCUAUCAGCCGAGUUUGGCCCGCUACAAAGACCGGUGACCCCGGGUCAACUGAAGGCUGCGGAAUUGAUGACUUCCCUGAAAAUCAGGGUGGUCGAUGAUUUACUGCAUACAGACUCGGCUAUGUCACAACAUGGCCCGUUACAAAGGCCAGUAACUCCAAGUCAGCGUAAGGCAGCAGAGUUGUCACGACCUCCAAGUGUCGCUGGCAGCCGACCAGCCACGGGCAUGAAGGACAUCACAAUUCGACCUCCUACACGAAGUGGCAGCCGCCCAAGUACCCAGGAGAAUGAGAUGAGGGGAUCUAGACCAACCAGCCAGAAAUCUAACAGACAGAUCACACCAAAGCCCAAAAUCAAGAAACCCGAAUAUGAAGCUGCGUUUGGGUCGCGGCCUAAGAUUCCACGUACGCCAGAUAUCAGCGGCGGAAAACGCCCGUCUAGUCGGGGGUCUAUAAGUCAGAUGCCUCCUGCUCCUCAGUUUUCUGAAUCAGGACCUAGGCCUAGCUCAGCAGGCAAAUCAGCUUAAUGGCCAGUGAAUGAACAGCAGGAGGCAGUAUAAGUCCAAGAAAAGCCUCAGCCGGAAGUGCCAGGGGAGAUUCACAGUUGAAGUAACAGCCAGAAUGUCAUGUGACCUUCUGAAUUUAGAAACUCACAAAUGUCAUGUGACCUUCUUAAUAUAGAAAUAGUCUCCUGCAACAAAUUGUAUUGAACUAGUGAAUUCUUGAUUUUGUCAAAGUUAGCCAAAGUGUUUAUUGAUUGGUCAAUAUUUAUCCAAUUACUACUAUUAACCUAUCAAUUCAUUUAAAAGUGCAAACUAGCCUAAAGAUAGCGUAUUGACAACUUAUCCAAGUGUAAUGCAUUUACAAGCAUAUAGAGAAAAGAUGCUCUUUAUUGUAUCAAUAAUAUCAAACUUGGAAUACAAUCACAUUUUCAGCCAAUGAAAUUGCUACGCUCACUCUUCCCAUACUUAAUCAUGAAGAUAUUACUUCAUGUCAUCUAUCUAUUACACAGUAUUUCUGCCAUUUUUUGUACUGUAAAUGUUGCUCCCUCUAUUCCUUAAUGAAUGAAGGUUUAUUAAGAAAAUUAUUAAUUAGAUUUUCAAAAAAGAAUGUUAUUAUAUUUAAAACAUUCAUGUAAUGUCAACUUUUAUGUGUGUGCACAUUUCUGAUGCUGUGAAAAAGUCAAGGAUAUGCAAUUUUUCCUCAACCUAAAUUUCCAUUUUCCCAAUGAAUUUCAACAUUUAUUAAAAUUGCUAUUCAACUGUGAGGGUUAGAAUUGGGGUCGGGUUAGGGUUGGUUUAGGGUUGGUUUAAAAGCUAAGGGCUUGAACAUGAAAAUAGGCGCACACCAAUCAUAAGAGAAUGGCUAUGAAAGGAAUUGUCAUCACUCAGAUGGCAAACAUUGGAAAGUCAGUAUCGUACUAAACAGUUUUCCUAUUUAGUUUUGACCUUUGGAUAACGUUAUAUGAUUUAAACAUUUCUUUAUUCACAGUCUGUGCAUUUAUGAAUGAGCACAGUUGUGUUGCCUUUGUUGAUGGAUUUGAUUUGAAAUAUCUGUAUGUUUCUCUCUAUUCAUAAUAUGUCAUUCUAUAACCAAUAAACUUUGUUAAUAUUAUGGAACACAAACUGAUUUUCUCAUAUAAAACAUAUCAUUUAAAAUGCCGUCCAGACUUUUGUCAUUUAUUGUUAACAAUGUAACAAUGCUUUAGCCACGUUUUUUCUCCUAGUAUUGUACGCAAUAAGGAUGUUCAUGUAUGUGUAUAUAUAUAUAUAGCUGAUGCACAUGUUUAUUGAUAAGAAAACUUUUGCUAUGGUCCAUGGUUUUAUGUUUUGUAGACAAUGUCCUGUAUAUGUACAAAUAUACCUGUUUUUUACAAAUGCUGGCUUAGUGCAGGACAUUUUUAUCUCAAUGUAGAAAUAGAAGGUGUUAUAUCAGUCUUGCUUUAAGCCCUGGAAUAGCUUAAAGCAUGAUUAUUUAAUUUUAAAAUAAGAUUUCUUCAUUCUCAGCUGGUGUUUGUUGCCAACAUGUUUCAGGAGAGUGCUGUCCCCUUUCCUUUUUUGACAGGACUAUUCUGGCCUCUAUUAGAUUAACAUGGGCACCCUCCUGUGGUACAGUCGAAUGCUUUACCAUAGAUAAUCACCUUUUUCCUUUGUCUUGCUGAUUGAUGUUUAUAACAUUUAACCAAAAAGGCAGUUACGAAACCUGAAACAAUUUCCCUUAAACAGGAUUUUUUUUGUCAUGUAUAUAAUAUUUAAGUUCUCCACAGUCAGGUACAUGUGCAGUUCAUUGCAACCUAUCUUUUUUGAUGCACUCUGCUGUUUGUAAAACCUUUUUUUUUUUAAAUUUUGAAACAAAUUGUCAGACUAAUGUCAUGAUCUUGAGUGGUACUUAGCUCAGUUUAAAUUUUCUGUUUUUGAAUUAUUUGACUGGUAUGAAUAUGACAUUUUCUGAAUGAAUGAUAGGUAUCACAUUGUUGCAUAAUUUGGCCUUUAUUUUGAAGAAAAAAGAUCUGUGGCCUUACUGCACAGAAAAGAGAUUUCUUUUUUUACAUUUAAAACUUAGAAUUGGUUUUUAAUAUGUUUUAUUAUCUACUUUUAUCCUAAGAGAAUAAUUUGUGUAUUCAUGCCUUGUAAGAUUCAUUUCAAUUAGGAACGCAUGAGAUAAGAUUCAUUGGGCAAUAUCGAGGGAGUGUGUCGUCUUUAUCUGUACAUCUCAAACAAUAGCAGACUUACUGGAAACAUCCCUGUUUUUGCUUAUUUAUGAAGUUUCUGUUUUGGAAUGUGAAAUUAAACUGGAGGAUUUUUACCCAAUAAUUGUGGUAUUUCAUGCCACUAAUGUUAGUGGCGGGACAGUUACUGUUUUUGAAUGGCGUACUUUACAUUUGUAGUCCAAACUGGUUUUUUUAUUGCAAAAGUUAAAAGGAUACAUUCUUUACUCAAAUUAUAUAAUUAUACCUCCAUUAUGAUCUUCGCCAUGAUCAACAGUAUUUCCUGAUGUUGAUCAUUCUACUAUCAGCCCAUCAGCCAUCUAAUAUUUAUAAACCAUGUUAUGUUGAUGUUCACUUUAAUGGAAGUGGCUUCAGAUUAAACAUGGUUGAAUUGUUUUAAACUAUUAUAGAGGAACGUUACGGCUUUACAACACAUUAUUACAGUUAAAUUGGUAAAUAAAGGAUGAUUCUCAUUCAAGGGGAUUUGUGAUUGGCAUAUUUAUCAUUUCCUGUGCAUUAUUGAAUGCAUUUGGAGAGCAGACAAUGUCAUUUCUUAUCUUGACCAUAAUUCAAAUUCUAUUACAUCCAUUCUUGUUGAUAAAUCACUACCCAGACACUGAACUAUUUAACACUUUGUUCUGUAUUCAGGUUUGCCAAACAUUUUUAGAAGUGCUGUUUUUUGCAUUUUAAAAUUUUCUGUUAUUGAUAUGAUUGUUUUAUGUGCCUGAAAUUGAAUUUUGAUCUAAACGAGUUAUAAAUAUUUAUACACAGACUGAUAAAUUGUUUUAUUGACAUUAGAAAGCCUUUCCAGCCGUUUGUCAUGUAUUGUACUGAAAUUCUGUGGAUUGUUUUAAUUUUUUAGGUUCUAAAAUUUCAGAUUGGUUGAAAAUUAAUCACCUAACAAAUUUCAAACAUAAUGAUAUACUGAUUAUCAAACUUAAUAUAUUGCCUUGUUUUGUCAAAAAACAAAAAUAUGUGUAAAAAAAGGAUGUCCCUAGAAUAAAACAAUUUACAGUUAUUUGUAUAACAUGUACUGAUUCAUGUGGAUUGUUUAAUAAUGGCCUAGUGAAUUGUUUAAUGAUAACAUGUUUGUGAUCUGUCAUAGUUGUAGGAGCAGCAGAAAUUUACCCAGUGAUAUUGUAGAUUUCAAUAAUAAGUGUGUACAUUUUGCUAAUUAAGUUACAAAUGUAGUCGAAAACAUAAUAAUUUGAGGUGUCUUUAUUCCACACUUGUACCUAAAACCUAAUGAAAAACCUAGCUAAUUUAAAUAAUAAUAAUGCAAACAAAAAAUGAAAAAUUCUUGACCCAGCUUGUGUGAUUAAUACCAGAUGUCUCAAACUUUGAUUUUUGCAUAUUUGUCUGAAUUUCUGAAAUAUGAAACGUCAUUUUACUUGACUCUACCUAUUUUCUUAUAGAAAAUUGUUGAUCAUAAUGAUUUACUUUUUCCUUGUGAUAUACUGUGAUUUUGUUAGUUAUAUUAGUAUUUAUUUAUUCUA